AUGUCUUCUUCCACCUUCCAGGACACAUUCGGCAAAAUGUGCCGCGACAAGUACCGUCUCACCUACGUGAGCGGCUACACUGUCGGCGGUGAUCCGCGUUUCGCAGCGAUCUGGGACCAAAAUGCUACUUCGGAUUGGGCUGCGAGGCAUGGCAUGACCGGUGCCGAAUACCAGGGUCAGUUCGAUACUCUCGCUGGCAAGGGCUUCCGGCUCCGUCUUGUCAACGGAUACACCGUUGCGGGAGACGCUCGUUAUGCAGCCAUCUGGGACAAGUCUGCGGGCGCCAUGCCGGUCGCUAGACAUGGCUUGAGCUCUUCUGAAUACCAGAAGGCGUUUAAUACCUUUUUUUCAAAGGGGUACCGGUUGAAGCAUGUUAGCGGCUAUGCGCAAGGCAAUCAAGCGUUGUAUGCGGCGUUGUGGGAGAAGUCAGCGACAAAUACUACAUGGGUUGCACAUCAUGGAAUGACAACGUCUGCAUAUCAGAAGUUUUCGGAUAAGUAUGUGGGUCAGGGCUUCCGUCUUGUUCAUGUCAGUGGUUAUGUGGUCGAUAAUGUGGAUUAUUAUGCCGCGAUUUGGGAUAAAUCGCCAAGUGGCCCUUGGGUUGCGAGACAUCGGAUGUCCUCAGCAGACUACCAAAAUGAGUUCAACAAGUGGGUGGGCCAAGGAUAUCGGUUGAUUCUGGUAAGUGGGUAUACAUUGGAUUCAGACCACGAUAUGUAUGCUGCUCUUUGGAUCAAAGAAUAG